ACUGAGCGAGGGGAGUGGCAGCAGUUCCAGUGUGACCUGCAGGUGGCAGUAGCAGUGGCCGACCGGCUGAGGGCCGAGGCCGAGGAGGAACUGGGCGUGUUCAGAACGGCUCAGAAGGAUACAGAGCGGGAGCUGGCGGUUGCCCAGCAGCGAAGGAAAGAGACUGAUGGGCAGCUGGUCAUCUUGAGAGGAGAGUUGAGGGAGAGCAGGCAGAGACUGGCCGACCUCACCCAGAACCAGGGGCCAGGACAGGCCAAGACCCAGAGCCAGGAAAAGACCCGGGGCAAGGAGAGGAUGAUUGGGGAGAUCAGCACACCUGAGCCCCAGGAGGGGACCCACCGGGGAAGGGAGAGGGGGCUCAGUAGGGUGGGCCAAGGAGUAGGAAGAGGAGAUGAAGAGAUGGAGAAGAGGAGCCAGGAAGAAGUUACUAAGAAUGUGGUUGUGGAAGAGGCUCGGAUGGACACUAAGGGCGUGGCCAACCGGUACUUGAUGAAUGUGACCAAUGAAGAGAGGAGUGGAGAGGAGGGGUGUGAUGUGAGGGAGACGCGACGGAUGGUCACACAGGAGAGGUCAAGGUGAGUACCUGUUUGUAUGAUUUCAACUAUACAUUAACUUAAAUAAAUGUAAUGAAGGUUAAUGUCCAUGAUUUAUAUAGCUGGCUAUUCUAGCAAAAUCCAGACGGAUUUUGGACUGCUAUAAUUUGUAAAUCAAAAACCGAGCAUCAUAAUCAGAUGAAUCGGUGUCAGGAGGGUUAAGCGGUCUUUGGAAUGGAAGAGACAUUCACAGGCAGGGCACUUGACGACAUUGAUUUGUAAAGAACCAUUUUAAAACGGAUUUUACUACUGGAACUGAAGGGGAAAGCUAACUGAGAAUAAAGCGUAUCAACAACGGUUAGCUUUGCUGUCAUGUCUGACCCCUGAUGAGCUGAACAACAAAUUAUUUUCUGAGCAGUGUGUCUGUGUGAGUUGAGUUCAUCCAAUAAUAUCAAAGCGCAUUCCAUGAUUUCACAGAAGCCUUUCCAGACUACCUGUGUCUUCAGACUCCCCCACUGUACAGAAUGGAACAUCCCAGUCCAAUACUGCCACAAUUGCUGGAUCUACAAACAAGGUGAGACCACUUAGAAUUUUGGGUCGAACUGCUUAUCUGUGUGUCAUACCUCUGCAAAUAUAGAACCAUUACUAUUCCAGCAGGUUGCGUCAUUACAAUAGUUAGAAUGUGUUUUGUGAUCUACUAAUGUCUUCACAUGUUUUUGAAAUAUUGAGGAACAUUCAAUAACAUUUAAGGAAUGUAUGGUACAGUAUGUAAUAGCAUAUGAAUAGAAAAUGUUUAUGUUCUCUCAUUUCAGAACCAAAGCCAAACCAGAGGAAGAAGAGGGUUGGAAAGGCAAGACAGCUGGUCCAGCACUCACACAGGUGUGUGUGUGUGUUCCCCAAUCAACCACGUUUCAGUGCAUUCAUCUUACCAUGACCAUCUGACCCUGUGAUCAGUAAUGUAGCAGGUAAAAUACAUUAUACUAUCAUUUGUGUGUUUUACAGGGAAACAGGAGGAAGCAUUGAACCAGUACAACUCUGCCCUGACAGACCUGCCCCCUAACAAGACUUCUAAGACCAGGUCUCAGGAUGGCUUCAGUCUGCUGCUACGCCGGCAUGGCGGCUCCAAGAGGAACUCUCUGCUGCGCUGGUGUCAGAACCGUACUCAGGGCUACAAGGUACUGUAAUGCUGUGUGUGUGUGUGUGUGUGUGUGUGUGUGUGUGUGUGUGUGUGUUGAACAGGGUCAGGAGAAAGGACGCUUGGAGACUCUGAUGUAAAGAGAAUGUUGAGCAUUCCAUAUGUAAUCAGUAAACACUCAUUAGCAUGGUUUCUUGACCCUUUUUCUGCCCCCGCUCACUCUAUUGACAGAAUAUUGACAUCACUAACUUCAGCAGUAGCUGGGCGGAUGGUCUGGCCUUCUGUGCUGUGUACCACAGCUACCUCCCCUCACACAUCCCCUACUGCACACUUAGCCCUGACAGCAAGGUGGGUAACACAGACAUGCAUACACACUUGCAUUCAUUGCACACACACCUAUUGAUUUGCCUGUCAAACAUGGUGCUGGUUCUUUUAUCCAUAGAGGGAGAACCUCAGCCUGGCAUUUAAGAUUGGAGAGAAUGUUGGAAUCACAACAUCACUGGUGAGUCGAGUCUCCUUUAAUCAGAAGCUGUGUUAGUGUCAAGAUUGUUGUAUGCUUGUAUCAAAACUCAAUAGUGAAUGAGAUGCUGCCGUAUUGAAGUCCUCUGUGUUUUACAGACCAUGGAGGAGAUGCUGAGGGCUGGAGGACCAGACUGGCAAAGGGUUCUGGGAUAUGUGGAGAGCAUGUACCGUCACUUUGAGAUGUAA